GACGCAUAUUUAGAUCUGCAUGCUUUGGCUUUGUUGGUUUACUUGUUUUAGUGUGCUUUUCAUCUAGAUUAACAGCACUGUUUCAUUCCUAUUUAGACUUUUUAUUUUAAAUUAGUUUGUGAUGUAGCUGUGGAUAAGAGGAAGAAAAAUUGUGAGUUGACAUUGGAUUUGGGACCCGACUUGAUCAAUCGAUUUUGUCUGGUUCUAGAAUUUUCUAAGAAUGUGGGCCACUCAUUGGUGGGAGGCGUGGUUAUUGGUCAUUGUGCUGAUAGCUUCCGGUGUGUCAAAAGUUCAAGGUAACGGCAGACUGAUGGAACCACCCUCGAGAGCCUCGAUGUGGAGGGUGGGGUUUAACACCCCACCUGACUUCAAUGACCACGCCCUAUCUUGUGGUGGCUUGAAGGUUCAGCAUGAAGAGAAUGGCGGCAAGUGCGGGGUUUGUGGCGACCCCUGGCAGGGCCCCAAGGAGCACGAGCCGGGCGGGAAGUACGCGACGGGCGCCAUCAGCAGACGAUACAGUACUAGCGAAACAAUCCGGGCCGUGGUCCAGCUGACAACCAACUACAACGGCUGGUUCGAGUUCCGCCUCUGUCCUUCAGACGAUCCCCUGGACCAAAAGACCCAAGAAUGCCUGGACCAAUACUUGCUCAAUGACACCAACGGCCGGAGCAGGUUCCCCGUGCCGAGCUCUCCUCACAUGAAGAUCAACAACAUCCAGCACAAUCUCGUCAUCCCCCAGGGUGUCUUCUGCAAAGCGUGCCUGCUUCAGUGGAAAUACAACACGGCGCAAAACAUGGGGACUCCCGACGACGGAAAACAGGAGGAGUACUACGGCUGUGCGGACAUCGCCAUAGGAUACGAUGACAUAGAGAUUGGCGUCACCCAGAAGCCGCAGGAAGAAGAAAUCGCCUCGACUGCCCGCCCCCCGGCCGAGAGUUGGAACAUGGGGAUUGAGCAUUUCAAUGCGACCGUCAAAAGAUGUCAAUGUGUGUGCACAACUAAACGUCUAUUCCUAUCUCGGUCUGGGGGUCCGCGCCUGGUAACUGUUGCUGCUUUGGUAGCUCUGCAUUUUCUCUUCGCCUGUGUGUGGCUGGAAUGUAAUCUUUGAUUUUAUUAAAUGAAUGUGUAUCUUAUGUAAAGUAUCCAGGACUUAAUAGAAAAAAAAAUAUUACUGCUCAUUUAGCAAAAUUAGAAACGCGUUUACUUGACAUCUAGUCAGGUAAUUUGUACUGGUAUGGCACAAUAUUCCUACUUAAUCCGGCUAACUAUUUUUAAAAUUCCUACUUUAUCCAAUGAUCCACGUGUGAAAUUUAUGUAAAUGAAAUACAAGCAACACCUGCUCUUUUGUAAAUAAUUGUUUUAAUACAUGCUAUAGCAAAGCAUACAUAUUAAUACAUAUGACAGCUUGUACAGUAUAACCAAGAAAAAAAACCAGCCAUGAA